GGAGCUGUCGCUAUACUAGAGCCGUUUGAGGAUGCGACAAAAGAUUUGAGUUCCCAAUGUUAUCCAUACUUGUCAAAAGUGAUUCCUAUGGUUCACCUUCUUCUUUGCAGCAUGGAAGUUUAUUUAUCCGCCAUUUCAGAGGAUGACAACUUUUACUUUGUUUGUCUGGAACUAUUGAAAAACGACUUGGAGGAAAAGUUAAAGCUUCGUUUUGAGAAGGUUGAAGACGUGCCAUCGAAAGCACUCACAAUAACAUAUCUCGAUCCUAGAUUCAAAAAGGCGUAUUUCAAAAGAAGCGGUUCUGCAGUGGAGAAUUCCCUUGAUAGAGAGCUGAGAAGGGUUAAGUCUUUGAGAAUCACUCGAGAAAAUCUCCCCAAAAAUGUGCCCAGCCAAAUUUCACUCAGUCCUGCCUCUAUUUUCAAAAAUCUCCACAAAGAAACUGUGAGGAAAACCAACGAACAGAGAAGAGGUGGCGAAAACAGCACAGUCAAUAACAUCCUUAUCAUCAAAGAAUACAACGAUUGGCCUCUUUUGGAUGGCGUUGAUCCGCUUCAAUGGUGGAAAAACAGACAGAAAGGUGGUGUAAUGCUCCCUGUGGUUCAAAUUGUAAAGAGAUAUUUCUGUAUUCCUGCUAUAUCCGUUCCAUCGGAACAAAUUUUUUCCAAAGCUGGACUUAUUAUUUCAAAACAACGCAAUGCUUUGAAACCAGAAAAUGCUGAUAUGCUCAUCUUUUUGAACAAAAACGCUUAACUUUUUUUUAUUACUUUUUGCUUUUUAUCGUUUAUCUG